AUGGAGGAAAAACCAUCGGGUAAGCGCAGGGCGAGUGCCACCCCGGAUAAACCCCGCCCAGAGGACCAGAAAAGUAAGAAGGUGGAAGCCGAGGAAACACCGGCAAUUCAGCCAACGCGCACCGUUUCGGAGAUGGUGAAACGGGCCGCCGAAAUCGAAAAGAAGAUGCUGGCCUUCUGCCUCGACCCGGCAAAGAAGGCCGGGAAAGAGAACGCCGCAACGGUGAUGGAGAGCUUCCUCGAAAUGCGCAAGAUCGUGGAAGCCCUCACACUGAAGAAUAGCUUCCUCUGCGGCAAACUGGAGGAGAGACUCUCGUCGGUAGACGAAACGAAGGCAGCUUUAACCGGAGCCGUUUCCAGGACAAUGGAAGCGACAAAGCGCCUCGAGUCCGCGGCUAAGUGGGCCACAGCCUCGGCCGCCGGGAGCGGCCAAAUAUCAUACGCCGACAAACUGAAAGUGUCGAGCAAAGUUCUGCCGAAAUCAGCAAUAAUGCCACCGAAGAACGUGGUAAUUAUAACGCCGUCUUUGGAGGAUACAGAUAUCAGGACGAGCGAGGAGGCACGCGAAGCGGUCUUCACCUUGGUCAACCCAAAGAAGAGGGGCAUCCAGGUGAAGUCAGUACGCCGCGCACAAGGCAAUGGCAUAGCGGUAGAAACGACUACCGCAGAUGGUCUCAGAGCGUUCACGGAGAACGCAAAAUUGAAGAUUAUUGGCCUGAAGGCGAGGACGCCAACCAGAAGCAGACCGAGGAUGAUUAUAUACGACAUCCCGAGAGAACUGACGGAAAAGGAGAUCCGCGCUUGCUUGAGGAAGCAAAAUAAGGAAAAGCUGGGAGACGCGGAUGUGCAAGAUAUAAAAUUCUGCUUCCGUACAGGGAGAAAGGACAGCGAGAAGACAAACUGGCUCGUAGAGGACUUCAUCGCCGUCAGCCGCUGCUACAAGUGUCAAGGCUUCGGGCACGUGGCCAAGCACUGUAGGCAGAAGCACGACACCUGUGGUCACUGUGCCGAAACCGGGCAUGACACAAAAGCUUGCCCAACGAAGAAGAAUAACGCAGUCUGUGUAAACUGCAAGAGGAGCGGCAAGAAGAGCGAUCACGCAGCCUCCAGCGUGAAUUGCCCGUCCUAUAAAGCCGCACUGGAGAGGAGAGUCGAAAGAACCGUUUAUGAUUAA